UUCUCGCACUGUCACACAGAACCGCCCAGAAGCAUAAAUGGCUCUGCGUCACUUGCUUCUAAAACUCCCUCCUUCCCUCUCCAACUUCACUCCCAAACCCACCCAGCUCAAGAAGCGCAUCCUCUCCGUCUCUGGUUCUGCAACAGCUAUGGCUUCCUCUGCUCGGAAGGUUCUGGUUCCGAUUGCGAAUGGUACGGAGCCUAUGGAGGCUGUGAUUACGAUCGAUGUUCUGCGACGAUCGGGAGCUGAUGUUACCGUUGCUUCUACUGGGAAGCAGCUUCGGGUCGAAGCUCUACACGGCGUCAAGAUUAUUGCCGAUGCUUCUGCUUCUGAUGUGGCCGAUAGUGCUUUCGACCUUGUUGCUUUACCUGGGGGUGUUCCAGGUGUAGAUAAUCUCAGAGACUGUGAAACUUUGGAAAGCUUAGUGAAAAAGCACGUUGCAGAUGGACGGCUUUACGCUGCAGUAUGCGCUGCUCCGGCCGUGGUACUUGGAUCGUGGGGUUUGCUCAAGGGGCUGAAGGCAACUGGUCACCCAUCAUUUAUGGACAAAUUGGCCUCUCAUGCGACGGCUGUUGAAUCAAUAGUGCAGCUGGAUGAAAAAGUUGUGACUAGCCGUGCACCAGGCACUACCAUGGACUUCGGUAUUGCGCUGGUUGAGCAGUUAUAUGGAAAGGAGAAGGCCAACGAAGUUGCUGGUCCACUGGUCAUGCGAUCCAAUCAUGGAGAAGAAUAUACUUUCACUGAGCUAAACCCAGUCCAAUGGACAUCUGAUAAUCCCCCCAAGAUUCUUGUACCAAUUGCUAAUGGCACUGAGGAAAUGGAAGCUGUUAUUAUCAUUGAUGUUCUGCGAAGAGCAAAAGCAAAUGUUGUAGUUGCUUCUCUUGAGGACAAAGUAGAGAUCGUAGCUUCUAGGAAAGUUAAACUGGAGGCGGACAUGCUCCUUGAUGAGGCAGCUAAACUUACAUAUGACCUAAUUGUGCUGCCAGGUGGACUUGGUGGUGCCCAAGCUUUUGCGAAGUCAGAAGCUCUGGUCAGUUUGCUGAAAAAGCAGAGAGAAUCAAACAGAUAUUAUGGAGCAAUUUGUGCAUCCCCCGCGUUAGUCUUGGAGCCCCACGGCUUGCUAAAGGGUAAGAAGGCCACUGCGUUUCCUGCUAUGUGCAAUAAGUUAUCAGAUCAGAGCGAAGUUGAAAAUAGGGUUGUAGUUGAUGGCAAUCUUAUUACCAGCAGAGGACCAGGGACCUCCAUGGAGUUUGCAUUAACUAUAGUGGAAAAGCUGUUUGGGCGGAAGUUAGGACUAGAACUUGCAAAAGCUAUGGUUUUUACUCGCGCAUAGUGUAUUUAAGCAUGAGUGGCUCUUUAAGCUAACGUAUAGAGAUGUCUAUGUUUGAAAUAUCGAGUGGUAAACGAAUAUAGUGUGGCUAUUUGAAUGUAGCUUGCUAGUCGCUUCUCACAUGCUCUGCUGGAGGGAGAGUCGUCUGGAAGUUCUCUUGUUGAAUUUGAAUUCACUAGAACUUUUCCUCUCCGUAUCCGUUGGGCUUCUGUCUCCAACUAAUUUCUUUUGUAGACUAAAUAAAAAAGGUUGAUUACUUCUCUCUUUGAA